CCCUUUCUGAUUGGCUGUGAGGUCUCUGAAGCGUUCCCGGAUUGGCUCGCGCGCAGCGCGGGCUACGAUGGCCCGCUAAGGGGAGGUUUGCAGGUUUGCAGUUGCAAUGCAAGUCCUGCUCUCUGGCGUUGCGUGAGUGCGGCUGCAGUUGCAUUUGCGGUAGGUUGUUUCCGCGCGUUGUAACGUGGUUGUUCCUCAGGGACAAGGGGGAAAAGCACACAAUUUAAAUUAGGGGCCAAGGGAUGGAAAGAUCACGAGGCUCCAAAAAUAACAGAUUGGCAAAUCAAAUUACAGGAAUUGGUGGAGACGGCUCAAUUGACUUGCAAACUCAGAGGAAUCUCAAAGCGAAAAUUUGCAGGAAAAUGGGAUGGUUAUAGAAGAUAUGUUCAAAAAUACAAUAAUAGUUUUGACUCCGUGCUAGUGUUAGAGUGAUAAAGGAACUAAAAGGAGGUGGACAACAAUUAAGGAUUUAUUAUGUUUUCAGAAUGUAUUGGAAAAUUUAUAUAGAAAGAUUUAUUGUUUUGUGUAUAUUCGAUUGUAAGAUAAAAUAUAUGCAAAGGGACUUGACAGGAAGUCAAAGUUGAAGAAAAGAUUUUGUAAGAUAAAAGGGGGGGAAAUAUUUACUUUCAUUAUUAUCAUUGUGGGUGUCUGCACAUAUGUGUGUUUUUGUAUGGAAUGUUUGGCAGGAAAUAAGAUGGUAAAUAACAAAUGACAGACUAAAUAUUGAUAUAUGUAAUUUUUAUUCCUUAAUUAUAUUUAGUGGUAGUAUGGUUGUAUUGUUUUUUGUAACAUAAAAUAAUUCAAUAAAAAUUAAAAAAUAAAAAUUAGUUGCAGAGGACCUUGGCUUCUGCUUGGGGGCCUUUGGAAUUUUGGUCUCUUGCAUGCCUGAUCGGCUGCAGUUGCUGCACAUGCUGAAGAAUCUCAGGAGGAGAAAACCCUUAUUGGCUUCAUUAGAACAUGCAGAGGCUACAGCAGGCACCCCCAAACUCGGCGCUCCAGAUGUUUUGGGACUACAAUUCCCAUCAUCCCUGACCACCGAUCCUGUUAGCUAGGGAUGAUGGGAGUUGCAGUCCUAAAACAUCUGGAGGGCCGAGUUUGGGGAUGCCUGGGCUAGAGAGUGCUUAGGACCACAAAUUUACUUGGAGGUGAGUCGGGUGGCUAAUUUGAAACACUGAGAGCAUGACACAAGAAGUAUGCAACCCAAUCCAAAGUUUAUUCCUAGAUAUGUUUUUGUAUAUUUAUUUUCUUAUGCUUCUACCACAGGCAGGACAUGAGCACAAUAGCACUUUAAUUGCUAGUGAGCCACAGCAACUGGGAUUCAAAGAAACACCUUCUCCUAUACAGUGGUGCCUCGCAAGACGAAAUUAAUCCGUUCCGCGAGAGUCUUCGUCUAGCGGUUUUUUCGUCUUGCGAAGCAAGCCCAUUGACGGAUUAGCGCUAUUAGCGCUAUUAGCGGUUUAGCGGCUAUUAAAGGCUUAAAGGCUUAGGGGAUUAGCUGCUAAAAGGCUAUUAAAGGCUAUUAAAGGCUUAGCAGAUUAGAGAAAGGGGGGGGAAAGCGAAAAAAAAAUCUCUAGACUCGCAAGACAUUUUCGUCUUGCGAAGCAAGCCCAUAGGGGAAUUCGUCCUGCGAAGCAACUCCAAAACGGAAAACCCUUUCGUCUAGCGGUUUUUCCGUCUUGCGAGGCAUUCGUCUUGCGGGGCACCACUGUACUGGAGGAAAUAUAAGCACUGUGACUAGCAGAUCCGAUAACCUUAAACUCCCUGAAUUCAUCUAAUCCGCUUUUGGAGAUAUCAAAGUAGGUGACCCAGGUGGCCUGUGGGUUACAGGUGGCACUGUGGGUUAAACCACAGAGCCUAGGACUUGCCGAUCAGAAGGUCGGCGGUUCGAAUCCCUGUGACGGGGUGAGCUCCCGUUGCUCGGUCCCAGCUCCUGCCAACCUAGCAGUUCGAAAGCACGUCAAAGUGCAAGUAGAUAAAUAGGUACCACUCCGGCGGGAAGGUAAACGGCGUUUCCGUGUGCUGCUCUGGUUCGCCAGAAGCGGCUUAGUCAAUGCUGGCCACAUGACCCGGAAGCUGUCUGCGGACAAACGCCGGCUCCCUCGGCCCAUAGAGCGAGAUGACCGCCGCAACCCCAGAGUCGGUCACGACUGGACUUAAUGGUCAGGGGUCCCUUUACCUUUACCUUAAGAAGGUGACCAUCAGAACAUAUUGUGGUAGCAAAUUGCAUCCUUUAAAUAUGUGCUGUGUGAAGAAGUCCUUCCUGGAUGAAGGAGCUAAGAAUUAUUAUAUUAUUAUUAUUAUUAUUAUUAUUAAUGCCCCGCCCAACUGACUGGGUUGCCCCAGCCACUCUGGGAGGCUUCCAACACAUAUAGAAACAUAAUAAAAUGUCAAAUAUUAAAAACUUCCUGAUACAGAGCUGCCUUCAGAUGUCUUCUAAAUGUUGUGUAGUUCUUUAUCUCCUUGACUUCUGAUGGGAGGGUGCUCCGCAGGGAGGGCACCGAGAAGACCCUUGGAGCUGGACUUCAGUGUCCAGGCUGAACAAUUGGGGGUGGAGACGCUCCUACAGGACUGAGGCCAUUUAGGGAUUUAAAGGUCAGCACCAACACUUUGAACUGCGCUCAGAAACGUACCGGGAGCCAGUGUUUGUUAUGUGGUCCCGGCGGCUGCUCCCAGUCACCAGUCUAGCUGCCGCAUUCUGGAUUAGUUGUAGUUUCUGAGUCACCUUCAAGUUGGCAUACUUGUGUCUCUAGGAGGUCUCUCCAGGCACUGGGCCAACCCUUGGCUUGCUUAACUUCAUCAAGAUAGUGACCUCAUGUGCCUUCAGAGCAUGCCCUGUGUACAUGUGCAUAGAAGCCAGCCUUGAAAGGAAAGAGGAAGUGAUGGUAAGAUCUGGUAGUGAUGCUGACAAAGGAGGUUACCAUCUUUUUUUUCGGGAACUUUCUUAAGUUUUCUCUUAGUCAUAUUCUUUUCUUCUCCACGCUUGCCAUAGCUGCUGUGUUGCAGGAUAUUGGCUCAGCAUUUGUGACGAAAUGGACUGGGAACAGCUUGACAUGAACCCCAGAGUGAUUGCAGCAAUUAAGAAAGGUAAUUUGGCUAUUUACUCCUAUUCUCAUGUUUGCACAUCACACAAUCACUGUACAGGCAUAAAGAGGUUUUUUUUUGGUUUUUUUUAAAGUCUCUUGCUACAUUUGACAUAGGGGAAAUGUCCUCAGACUAGAUAGGUUGCUGUUGCUGCCACCAGGUAAUUGCACAUGCAGCCCAGACCUGUUAGAAAUGUUCCACUCAUUUUCCAAUAGGAUUUGCAUCUAGGUAGAUGUGUGUAGGAUUACAACUUUGCAACCCAAAACUUAUUGAUCUCAGUGGGAUCAGACAUAUAUAGAUCUGUAUUUGGUUGUCUAUAAAUCAAACUUCCCCAUCCUGGUGCCUUCCAGAUGUUGGUGGUGAUAAAUACAGAAACUUCAUCUCAGAACAGUAAUUGUCAGUGCAGUCGUAUACCAUAAGGUGCACCUAGAUUUUGGAGGAGGAAAACAAGAAAAAAAUAUUCUGAAUCCCAGAAGCCAGAACAGCAAGAGGGAUCUGGCUUCUGGGAUAGCCUCUGGCUGUUCUGGCUUCUGGGAUAGCCGCACCAAGCCUCUUCAGGGCAGCGGGAUGAAGGCUCCCCCUGCCUGAAGAGGCUGCGCACGGCUAAGGCAGAAGCCAGGACAGCAAGCGGGAUCGCUGCGCAGGAGAGGCGCUGCACAGAGAGGGAGAGUUGCACAGCACCCCUUCAGCAAAGCGGGAGGAGGAACAGAAGGAGCCCCUUCUGUUCCUCCUCCCGCUUCGCAGGACAGGCACGUCGCUGAAGGGGCGCUGCGCAGUUCUCCCUCUCUGUGCAUCGCCAUUUGCUCCAUAAGACGCACUCACAUUUCCCCUUACUUUUUAGGAGGAAAAAAGUGCAUCUUAUGGAGCGAAAAUACGGUAAAUUUCUGUUCAGAAGUAAGGCUGAGGAGUUCAACAAGUUUUUACUCCCAGGUUAGUAUGUGUAGGACUGUAGCCUAAGGGCCUAAAAUACAACACAUGCCCAAGAGCUGUACUCCGCUGCUACUACUACAUUUCAUAUUUUUUUAAAAAAUCUAAGCAGGUUAUGUUCAAUCACUUUUCUCAUUUCAGCAAAAAUCAAAUCUAUCCAAGAGAUUAUGAACCUUUCAGGAGCAGAUUUGCAAAGGCUGACAAAUCUGUCCCGUACGGAUGUACAGUACCUGCUAAGGGCCAUUUCUGGUGCAUUAAGGAAAAACUCUGUGCUUACAGGUAAAUAGUUCUACUUUUUCAUGAUGUUUCUUUAAAUGCACAUUUAAAGAAAUAUCAUGAGUUUGCAGCAUGGAUAUGAAUGUAUGGCUUUAUCCAGUUAUGUCCUUCCCCAAUUGGGAGUUCUGAAAAUGGAAGAUUCUCUGAUCUAGCAGAUGUGAAGGGAUCAACGUAAAUUGUGAUAACAUUUGGAUCUGUUCAGGGAAGUUUUUAAUGUUUGAUGUCAUAUUCUGUUUUAAUUUGUUGGAAGCUGUCCAGAGUGACUGGGGAAACCCAGCCAGGUGGGCAGGGUGUGUGUGUGUGUGUAUUUAUAUAAAAUUAUUAUUAUGUUUGAUAUGGCUACACAGGGAUUGGGGAUGGAAAUACCAGCUUUUUUCUUUCCUGAAUCCUCCUUUUAGCUCUUCAGCUAUUCCAGGACAGAAACCACAACACUUCCCAACACCAGAAGCUAAGCCUGGGCUGCCCGAUUCUGGACAGCUUGCUACAAGGCGGCAUUCCCCUUGCAGGAAUCACCGAAAUUGCUGGCGAAAGUUCUGCUGGGAAGACCCAGAUUGGUUUGCAACUGAGCCUUUCUGUGCAAUAUCCGUACAAAUACGGUGGACUGGAAUCUGGUAAGAAACAUACAUUUCUGUACAUGUGUUUGGCGUGUCUAGUAUCUGUAGGAGAGGUACUGCAUGCUUGAAAAACCUGUGCCCAAAUAAAUCAAAUUCUUCAACUGGCACAUCUUAAGUUCUCUGAUUUGUGAUAAUCGUGCACUACUUUUAUUCUGCAUAGUGUUUAUUCUGGCUUUGCUUAUCCUUUGGAAGAGCAAGAGGCUCUGCAUUGGGCUUCAACUACUUGCUUUGUUAUGGAGAGGGGCUUGAGGCUCCACUGAGCAUUGCCAGCCCACUUUGCAACAUGACUUUUCCAUUCUUGUUCAGAUAUACCGUAUUUUUCUGUGUAUAAGACUAGGAGUUUUUUUAACCAAAAAUUUAGGUUUACAGUUGGGGCUCGUCUUAUACAUGGGUAGUGCUGAAGGGUGUUUUCUUAAUUUGGAGUCCCCCCCAAAUAGGGGGCAUCUUAUACAUAAAAAGGUAAAGGACCCCUGACAGUUAAGUCCAGUUGCGAACAACUCUGGGGUUGCAGCGCUCAUCUUGCUUUACUGGCCGAGGGAGCCGACGUUUGUCCGCAGACAGUUUUUCGAGGUCAUGUGGCCGGCAUGACUAAGCCGCUUCUGGUGAAACCAGAGCAGUGCACGGAAACGCCGUUUACCUUCCCGCCGGAGAGGUACCUGUUUAUCUACUUGCACUUUGACGUGCUUUCAAACUGCUAGGUUGGCAGGAGCUGGGACCGAGCAACGGGAGCUCACCCCCAUCACAGGGAUUCAAACUGUCGACCUUCCGAUCAGCAAGCCCUAGGCUCAGUGGUUUAGACCACAGCGCCACCCAUGUCCCUUGAGUUAUACAUGGGGGCGUCUUAUACACGGAAAAAAUAUGGUAUUUUGUACCACUUGCUGUGCCCACAAAAUGCAAGUCAACCAGCCUAACAUUGAAACUUGUGACAGGUUGACAUACCACUGCUUUUACAACAAAAGUGCUGUUUCCUCUGUGUGAUUUAUCCAAUGAAAACCAACAGCCUUGGUAUAUUCUUCCACCCUGCUGCCAUGAUGGAAAGCCUGUCAUUCCAGGAGUUCCCUUCUGUAUUUUGCAGGUGCUGUUUACAUUUGUACGGAAGACGUUUUCCCAAACAAGCGCUUGCAGCAACUGAUUGAGCAGCAGCCCAAAGUGAGGGCUGACAUUUCGCCUGAUGUGGUGCAAAAAAUAAAAUUUGGAAGUGGCAUUUUUGUUGAGCAUGCCGCAGACCUGGUGAGUAGCAGAGCGAGUUUCUGGCUGGUAGGUUACAUGGAUCUAGGGUAGUUGAACCGAAAUCUCAUUGAAAGCAAUGGGACAAGUUAGUUAUGACACCUAAAGGACCCAUCUCUGCUUUGUGCAAAACACAUAGAGCAGUACCAUUUGAAAUCCCACAGCUGGUACCCAGUACAGUGGUGCCCCGCAAGACAAAUGCCUCGCAAGACGGAAAACUCGCUAGACGAAAGGGUUUUCCGUUUUGGAGGUGCUUCGCAAAACGAAUCUCCUAUGGGCUUGCUUUGCAAGACGAAAAUGUCUUGCGAGUUCCUGCGGGGUUUUUUUCCUUUCCCCCCCCCUUUUUCUAAGCCGCUAAGCCGCUUAUCCGAUAAGCCGCUAAUAGCGCUAAUCCGCUAAUCCGUCAAUGGGCUUGCUUCGCAAGACGAAAAAACCGCUAGACGAAGAGACUCACAGAACGGAUUCUUUUCGUCUUGCGAGGCACCACUGUACUUCAGCACCUCAGUUGGGGUGAUAAUUCAUGGGAAAGGCUGCAAAAAUGCGAAGUCCUUGCUGGAUGCAGAAAUUAGUUUUUUGGGAACCUGAACUUUCAUGGUUUAUUGUUUUUCUUUCAAAAACAAAAGUUUCUAGACAUUAGGGCUAUGAAAAGGUACUUGAAAGUGUGUAGGUAUUGCUGCUGAAAUCUUGGAAGCUAUGAAGUGAUUGACUAAAGUUUUUGCUGCCCCACAUAUCUCCUUGUCUCUCGUUAGCACAUUCAGAAUAUUAUUUUAAAAAAUUAAAAUUGCACACAAACAUGCAUAAUUUAUGAAAGUAGCAGAAUUUCACUAGUAUUUUUUUUUAAAAAAGCAGAAUCGGCAGUGUUUUGAAUUUAAUUUUAAAGUUAUGGACGUUAUAUUCUACCAGGGUGGAUAAAAAUCAAUGAUAUUUUUUAAAAAAAAUAUUAAAAAUCGGAUUUAUUAAAAUUUAAGUUAGAUUUUUUUUCAAUUUAAAUUGGAUUUUUAAAAUAAAAAAUGCUUUUAGAGGAAAAAUCUUUCUAAAGAUAGUUUUCUAUUUAGCCCAAAGGCUAUUCAUCUGGAAAUAAGGAUUUGUUUUAAGUUUUUCAUGUGUGCUAAAACUCAGUCUAAAUCACCCUCCCCCACAAAACCGUUUAACAUCAGUUAACAAACAUGGAUACAUAUGCUAUAAUGUUUUAGUUAAAUAAUUUGUUUAAAUUGUUCUUAAUGAUUAUUUUUCUCCUUCCAAUAAAGUACAGCAGAAAAGUUGUCCAAAUAUAAACAGUUAACUUAUUAAACCUCACAAUAAUUUCAUAAUUAUCUAUGUAGCAUGUAGUAUAUAGCCAAAUCAGUAAUUUUUGAUAUAACUGUAAAAACUACUCUGAAAACUUAUUAUUCCAAAAAUGAAACCUUCAUCUGGUUGUAAAUAUUAAGAUUAUACAAUCAGCAAGAAUGAGUCUUUCUGUAAAAAAAAAAUUUUUUUUUUUAUAGAAUAUUUAUUCCAGUUUUAAAGUUACAAAAAGUAUAGAAAAAACAAACCACACACAUCUUACAAAAAACAGACAAUAAAAAAGAAAUAAGAAAAAACAAAGAAUCACAGUCAAAAAUAACAAAAAUCAAAUUAGACCUUUACAACCUUUUUCCCUUUUACUUAUUUCCAUGACUUCCUCUCACCUCCCUGCUUUGUAUUCUAGUUUAAAUCGUAUCUCCAGCAAAUCCUUCUAACCUUCUUAUCUUUUACUUAUUUUAACAUUCGAAAGUAUUUAAUUCUCCUCUAUCCUCAUUUUACGCUUCAUAUUUACUUAUUCCAUUGUACCAUGUCUGCCAAUACGGCCUAAUAUUCUUCUCCAACCUUUUUCUAACAUUCUUUUAUAUUACAGUAUUUCUGAAGAUAUAUUUUAAAUUUUCUCCAGUCUUUUUCCAUCAACCCUUCUUCCUGGUCUCGGAUUCUGCCGGUCAUCUCAGCCAGUUCCAUAUAGUCCAUCACUUUCAUCUGCCAUUCUUAUCGGGUAGGCAAUUCUUGUGUAAAAAAAAUUUUUUUAAACCAAGUCUUCCUGACUAGUUAUUUAAAUCAAGUCUUCCUGACUAGUGAUUUAAAUCGAUUUGAUUUAAAUCAAAUCCACCCUAGAUUCUAUAGUCUCCCCAGUGCUACUUAGCUUGAAACUUAUUAGUCUCUCUUCCUCUGACAUCAGACCAGUUAAGCCAAAAGCAGCCUGCUUAAGCAUCCUGUGAUAACAGACUAGAUUGUCCAUUCAGAGCUGGACAAUCUUGGCUGCUCAUUGGCAGUGAUUAUGCAUCUCUGCAGAUCUGCUUGCCAGGGUCAAGGGUGCAGGGAAGCACCUUCCAACUGUGGACAGAACCACAGAGACUUGGGGCAAAAAGGGGAAUUGAGCAAGAGGGAGCAAUCAGUUGCAUCAAAGGUGGCAGCGAGAGCAAGGGAGGUGCAGAAUGAAUUGUGCAGUAUUGUACCGCUGCACGCCUAAAGCCCUGCACUACUAUAAAUGCCCAGAGUUUGUUUCCUGUUGUAGCUGUUUUGUUGCAUCAUCCUUCUUGUGAAGAGACGUCAGCCUUAUAUAAUCAAUUACUUGGCAGAAAAUCAACAUUCCCUCCAGCAUGUUCAUCAUUCCCUCUUUGUAAGCACAACAAUGGGAUCAAUUUGGUUUUCCAAUAGGGCACAGUGUUAUCUUUUUGCCUAACCACGUUUGCUUGUUUUUCUUCUUUUUACAAAGUGCCACGAUGCAUUCUUAUCUGCCACAUUUUUUCGUAUAAAAAUCUGCCAUGCGUCGAUUUUUAUUUUUAAAACAUGUUCAUGCUUAAGAGGCGUGAAAUGCAGCAAGGGGAAACGUAUUUGCUAAAUGCUGCCCAGCGGCUGUGGAAUAGCUUGGGCUAUAAAAUUAAUGCUUUUUGAAUUAGUUUAAAAACAAAACAAAACCUUGCUUCUGUUUUAGCAUUGAUUGCAGUGGGAUACAAGUUCAGCUUCUGUUCACUUUCAGUGGGGCUUAGCCAUGACUGAUCUUGGCAUCCCAAGUUUUUUAGGAUCUUCAACUUAAAUCCCUUUCAACUCUAUAGUUCUAUUAAAUCCUUGUUGACAGCCAGGAAUGGGGAACCAAUAGUGCUUCUAGUUGAGGUCCCUGUCCUGUUGAACUUCUGGUGCCAUCUAUAGACUUAAAACAUAAAAUAGAGAACUACUCCUCAAUGAGAAAGGAAAGGAAUUAAGAAAGAGACCAACAAAAGACAAGGAAAAGGGCAAGUAUAAACAACAAGAAGAAGAAAUGCAGAAGGGACAUGGAAGAGACUUAAGGGCCUCGGACAUAAGGCUUCCAGGUUGAUGGACCAGAUGGAUUGGACAGUAAGGACUGACACGAUCCGAGACCAGGAAGAUGACACAUUGGAUGAAGAUUGGAAGAAAAUUUAUAAAGGAAACUUUUUAUUUAGGGAAUUAGCUAAAAAUUAAUGAAUAUUAGGGAAAAUGUUGGAAUGAAACUAUAUGACUCUAGCAGAAAUGAUAUCAGAAAUGAUAUCUAUGUUGUUGCUUUUUUCUUUUGUUUUUCAUUUUUCUUUUUGUUUUUUGUUGUUGUAUUGUUUCUCUUUUUUUCUAUGUAUUAUAGUGUUGUUUUUAAUUUUUCUUUUUUCUGUAUAACUUUGAAACUACUAAUAAAUAUUAUUUUAAAAAAUAAAAAUAAAAAAUAAAAUAAAAAUCCAGCAGACAUUUAAACCAAAUCUGGUUUUUAUAAUUUAACUGGCUUUUUCAUUGUAUUGUGGGUGGGGUUUUUUUUGUACACUGCUUAAGAGACAGUAGCAACUAAGCAGAAUAAUAAUAAUAAUAAUAAUAAUAAUAAUAAUAAUUUAUUAUUUAUACCCCGCUGAUCUGGCUGGGUUUCCCCAGCCACUCUGGGCGGCUUCCAACAAAACACUAAAAUAUAAUAACCUAUUAAACAUUAAAAGCUUCCCUAAACAGGGCUGCCUUUAGAUGUGCCUUUAAAUGGUCAGAAUGAAAUAAAGAAAUUAAUAACAGCAUUAAAAAUGCUAUAAAUCAGGUGUGGGGAGCCUCUGACCCCUCUCAUCAGCCCCAGCGGCCAAUGAUGAUGUGCAUUUCCUGGCACCUACUUCAAAUAUAUAGUGUGUGAUCACAAUAAAACAGGAAGCAAUCCAUUUGUGGAGCUCUCAUGAUUUUAAAUUGACUUUGGGGUGGGUCUGUUGCACUUUGCACCCAAAGGUCAUCGGCUCCGUCCCUCGAACUGGACCUUUGUUUGAGACGCUGCAGAAACGCUGCCGGUCUUAAGAUUCAAGAGGAGACAGUUUCUGGCGGGAUGGACCAGUGGUCUGACUUUCAGCUCCAUUUGUUCAGUUCUCCAAACAGCAACAAAAAAAAUAAACUGUCUCAUUCCUGGGCUAUGUAAAAAGUUGCUUGAUGUAACAAAGAUCAAGAUUGUGUUGUAUCAUACGCUAUAGUCCGGCCACACACCGCAAGUUGAGGGACUCCCUUCCAGAUACCAUUGUAUUGCCUCCUACGCAGGCCACAUAUUGGGUGUAAGGUAUAUGUAUUUUAAUUUUGUAUUCUAUUCGCAUUUUUAAAAACGAUUCUAUGGUUAUCGUUGCUCUAUUCUGCUCACGUAUCUGGUUAUGAUGUGAUGCUAAAGGUACACCUUGCAAUUGUGUGCUGCUAUUUUUGGUACAGAUUUGUUGGCAGUUCUGUGUUCCCACUGGCAGAAUGAGCAGGAUGCAAAUAUGAGGAAAUAAAUACGGUGUUUCAGUGGGGCUUACUGCAAAGUUAACGUGCACAGGUUUGCAGGAUUACAGUUGCAAAUUGCUGAUCCAAUAACUCACUUUUUAAAUAGUGUAUUAGUGGAUUGCUAUGAUAGCGUCUCAAGCAAAUACAACAGCUGAAAGGCUAAUGCUAAUAGUUGUAGUAGUAGUAGUAGUCGUAGUAGUAGUAAUAAUAAUUUAUUUAUACCCUGCCCAUCCGGCUGGGUUUCCCCAGCCACUCUGGGCAGCUUCCAAUAAAAGAUUAAAAAUGCAUUAAAACAUCAAUCAUUAAAAACUUCCCUAAACAGGGCUGCCUUCAGAUGUCUUCUAAAAAUCAGACAGUUGUUUAUUUCCUUGAAAUCUGAUGGGAGGGUUUCCACAUGGCAGGCGCCACUACCGAGAAGGCCCUCUGCCUGGUUCCCUGUAACUUUGCUUUUCACAAUGAGGGAACCGCCAGAAGGCCCUCGGCGCUGGACCUCAUGGUGGUCCUGAAUGAUGGGGGUGGAGACGCUCCUUCAGGUAUACUGGGCCGAGGCCAUUUAGGGCUUUUAAGGUCUGCACCAACACUUUAAAUUGUGCUCGGAAGCGUACUGGGAGCCAAUGUAGGUCUUUCAAGACCAGUGUUAUGCGGUCUCGGUGGCCACUCCCAGUUACCAGUCUAGCUUAGGCUCAAGAUGCUUCCAGCUAUUAGCUGAAGUAUAGCAGAACAGACCCAGUGAGGUUGCAAACUACCCCUUGCAACAGUGCAGGCCUUGACCUCCUCAGUCUGAUUUCUGAAGGUUCCUUAUUAUUGCAGGAGACUUUCCACGAGUGUAUUACUAAGAGGAUUAACUUGCUGGUCUCAAGGGGCAUGGUUCGCCUGGUCGUGAUCGAUUCCAUCGCUGCCUUAUUCAGAUGCGAGUUCGCCGCCAAGGAUUCCGUCCUGAAAGCCAAAUAUUUGCAGAUAUUUGGAGCCAAACUUCACAAGCUAAGCAGCAAGUUCCGAGUCCCAGUGGUAUGCAUUAAUCAGGUAAAGCUUAGAAUUUAUUUGAUUUCACCAUUGUGGGCAUGGAUUUCAAUGGAUCCAAAUGUGCCCAAUUGGAUUUUGGCUUAUCUGGCAGUUCUGGGAAAUGUAAGCAGAGCUGAUGCACUGAAGGGACAGUGAACCAGAAUAUUACAUCAGAUAAGAACAUAAUAACAGCAUGCUGGACCAAGCCAAUGAUUUGGCCUAGCAUCCUGUUCUCACAAUGGCACAAGCGAGAUAGGGGUGGAACAGGAUGGCAUGUAUGUGUGAAUGCAAAAAGCCCUUGGGCUUAUUUAUUGCAUUCUCAAAAGUCGCUCUUUUUUGGCUGAUUUUUUGGGAAAUAGUGAGAGGUCGCAGUAUUUUUCUUCUUCUCCAUCAGCUGCUUAGCAUGGAAUAUUUGGAGCACGUUAUCCGAACUCACUUCCAGAUGCGAUUGCAGUUUUACGUCCACAUACCUGGUUUUGAAAUGGAAUUGAUUUUGUGUAUCUGGAAGCAAGUCCUGCUGAUCUUCACAUUCCAAUUCAAAAGCGUAUUAAGCAGCCCCAUCUAAACAUGCAUCAUGGUACAUUGAUUCCAAUGGAAGUUGCCUCCAAAUAAAAAAAUUGCCCUUAUGUUUGAGCUUUUUACCCAGAUACCUCAAACUGGUAUUGGGGAUAAGAAACAUUCAGUUACAAAGGAGUUUCUCUCUCUCUCUCCACCUUCUUGUGCAGACUAACUGAAGCUGCAGUCUCUCAGUAUAAAUGCAAGGGCUGAGUAGCUCAGUUGGUAAAGCAUGAAAUGCUUUUUCUUGGGGUCCUGGGUUCUAGACUCACAUUGGGCAAAAGAUUCCUGCAUUGCAGAGGGUUGGACUAGAUGACCCUCAUGGUCCCUUUCAACGCUACAGUUCUGUAAUUUGUAGUUCUAGUCCAUCACUGCUUAGGUGCAGACCUUGCAUUUAAACAUUAUUUAUCUGGUAGCCGCCAUAAUAAUAAUAAUAAUAAUAAUAAUAAUAAUAAUAAUAAUAAUACUUUAUUAUUUAUACCCUGCCCAUCUGGCUGAGUUUCCCCAGCCACUCUGGGCGGCUUCCAAUCGAGUGUUAAAAACAGUACAGCAUUAAAUAUAAAAAACUUCCCUAAACAGGGCUGCCUUCAGAUGUCUUUUAAAGACAAGAUAGUUGCUUAUUUCCUUCACAUCUGGUGGGUGUUCCACAGGGCAGGCGCCACUACCGAGAAGGCCCUCUGUCUGGUUCCCUGUAAUCUAACUUCUCGCAAUGAGGGAACCGCUAGAAGGCCCUCGGCACUGGACCUCAGUGUCCAGGUUAAACGAUGGGGGUGGGCAACAAGGAAUUGAAUGCAGAUAAUAAAAUGUUGAUGUGGGCUUCUGGAGUCUUGUUGCCUUGUCUGCCACCACCACUCUUUCCCUCCUUUGUGGGGGGGAGGGAGAGAAUUGUACAGCCUGUCCAAAAUCCUUUAUUGCAAGGGGAGUAUUUUCCUCCCUAUUCCCCUCUUGGCAGUGCACUGUGGAAAUAUUUUGCUUGCUCUCUCUUUUUUCCGCAUUCUAGGUAACUGACACAAUGGAUGAGAAAGGAGGUUCUGCUCAGAGUAGUCCUGGGUGAGUACCACACAACAUGCAUGCAUGCAAACACACCCACCCACCCACUCAGCAAACACAUUUGAAGAACAUACGAAGGGUAGUUCAUCUCUCCCCUAGCAGCAAUGGACUUGACACACAAGUGGCAAUAUUGCACCAAGAGGCUCUGAUUCUCCACAGCCCCCUUUGGUACAUACUGAAUGCAUAGGGUGGGAUGGGGGUGGUCAUCCAAUUUGACAUAUUUUGUGCCCAUGUAUUGUAUGGGGGUGGUGCUGAGUGCUCUGGUGCACCCAAAAAACCACUCAACACUUAACUGACAUUAAGGCAGGGAUAGAGAAACUGUGACCCUCCAGCAGCUCCCAGCAGCCCUAGCUAGGGCUGGAGUGGCCAGUGGUUAGGGGCAAAGGGAGCUCAAACACCACCAAAAGGGCCAUAGGUUCCCCGUCACUGAUUUAAGCCCUCUGUUCCACAGGGCCAAGGCCCUAGCAUAGCCCUAUAAUUCCUGCAUUGCAGGGGGUUGGACUUACAUGACCCUUGGGGUCCCUUCCAACUCUGCUAUUCUAUGAUAUGCCUCUGGGUCAACUCAAACUCUUAACUUGGGGUGGAGAGCCUGGCAGAUUUCAGAUGUUGUUGAACUCCCAUCAGCCUCAGCCGGCAUGGUCUUAGUAAGGGGUGAUGAAAUUAGUUGUCCAGCAAUCUCUGGAGGUCCCCGAUCCCCGACUUAGCUGGCAAGUCUGCCCGUCUUAAACUUAGCAGGAAGUUUUGUUAAGACACAGGCUUUAUUGUGUUUUCAGAUGCGCCACCAAGAGAGUAGUUCCGGCACUUGGAAUAACUUGGUCCAAUCAGCUGUUGAUGCGGCUGAUGGCAAGCCGGAGGACAGACCAGCCGCUGGCUGCCAAUGAUGCGCCACACCAGGGCAGAAGUGCGCUGCGGACGUUAAGGGUGGUUUUUGCCCCUCACCUGCCCUCAUCUUUUUGCUACUAUGCAGUCAACUUGGAAGGUGUAAAAGGAAUAAAGGAGACACCACCAAAUUUAUGAAGAAAACUGUGAAGCUUCUUGUGUGCUGCAGAUUUAUUCAUGCUACAGUAUAAUGGAAUUUAGCUGCUGUAGUAAACCAUGGUUUACUACAAACCAUGGUUGCAUGGUUAAGCUGGGAAAUGCAAGCAAAACUAGGGAGUAAUUUUUGGACAAGACCAGCCCAGUUUUAAAGCAAGUGCAGAGGCAAGCAGCUAAUAAAUAGCCUAAGUAUUAUCUCAAUCCUCUGGAGGGUUAACUCGUUAAAAUUUGUCGAGGCAAAAACUUAACAAACAGCAGCCUGGAAUGAGUAAGUAUCUUAUAUUUAUUGGUCCUAGGGUAAGAAUAUCCUUUCUCUAGAACCUGUGUGUGUGAAUAUUUACAGUUGGUUUCAUCUGUUAAGGCUGAACGUAAGAGUUUGUAUAAGACCAAGACACUACUUUAAUUCAGUUUAUCUUUGGAGCCCCUUUGUACGUUUCCUUGUAUAUUCUGACGAACUAUAAUGAGUUUGGUCUACAAAGCUUUGUCUUUUAUGCCUUUUUUUUAAAGAACAGGUUAUUUAAUAUUUGCUUUUAAAAGAUAAACAGAAAUAUUAACUGCUUUUGUAACACUCUUAACAUAAAAAGCCACAUUUGC